GCUUCUGGAAUUCCAACAUGGCAGUAGAUGUGGUCAGUGUUUGUGUGGUGGUCAGUCUCUCCAGCCUCGACUCGGACCCGUUCCAGAACAUCACAGACCCGGAGUAACCCGCAUCCCUCCUCUCUCAACGUCACAGCCGCUCUCCCGCCGUCAAACAGUUUGGAGUUGCUGUCGACUGAAGACUUUGUUUGCAUGUAGAUUCAAAGUUCUGCUCACUUAAAAAUAUAUUAUAGCACACAUUUACAUUGACUGUGUGCGCCGUCCGUCCAUCACUGUGUUGAUGUCCAGCAAUAUGAUCAGCGGUGUGUAUGUGUAAUCUUACGUGUGGGGGCAUUUAAAGAAAAUAUUGUGUAAAAAUGCUCCACAAUCUGGACAUCACUUUUGGCCAGGACUGGAGGUGGAGGAGAGUGCUGGAGUCUGUCCCAGCUGUCUCAGGCGUGACGAUGCAGUGGAGCCCCGAGCAGUCACAGUGGGCGGAGCAACACUAUGACAUCACCUCCACCACCCGUUCUCCAGGACGUAAGAUCGAAGUACUCCGAGAUCCGAGGUUAACAGGUUCGUCCUCCGCUGCGGCGUACCAGCAUUCAUGGGCCAACGAUGACAUUUCAGCUCUGACUGCAUCUAACCUGCUCAAGAGGUACGCCGAGAGAUAUUCCAUCUUGGAUCUACCCUGCGAAAACGGACUUGUGGGAUAUCCGGACGCAGCCGUUUCUGUUAGCGUUAACGGACUGGGUGUGGUGAACAGCGCCCUGCCUCUUCUCAACGGACGAAAGAUAGAAGCGGAGCCUUGGCUUGAGACCGUGUAUACCCCGUUGGGUUGUGUUCCUGAACUUCUUCCUAAAGCACAGUUAAGUGUGUCCGAUGUGUCUGUGUGUAACUCACCCAUUGUUGGCAACGGUAGCCUAUCGGAACCUUUCUCCAGCAGUAACUGUACCAGUCAAACCGGAAAUCAGGAAUACAGCAGCGCCCCCUUCAGCACGCCAUACCUGCAGCCUUUAGGCACCUAUGGCGGCUCUCUUUUCCACCCCACCCCUUCCCACGCCAGUCUGGUGCCAGCCUACAGCGCCAACACUUCACCUAGCCUAGCCGCGUACAGUUACCCAAACACACGGUACCCGUCGCAGGCUGUUCUUCCGACCGGCUACAGCCCUCCACCUCCUCCGUCAGGGUACCUGCCCCAGGGUAUCACUCCUCCUAUUCCCUUACCAGCUGUUGGAUACUCAUACCCAACCACUAACCUGGUUGCAAACACCUCUGAAUGCGAUGCCCCAAGCGCUACCACCCUUACCAAGACAUAUUACCCAUCAACCCAGAGGGAGAUUGGAGUGUUUGAGGAAUUCAGCUUUCCUGAAAACGCCAAUUCUGACUCUAGGCCUGAAGGCAGUCCCCUCUACAGGCAUUCAGGGGAUGACUCGGUAGACAAGCGGACUGGCUUCAGCCAAUCAGCAGACAUCACGUCAUCCUUAUCCUUCAAGCCGACCAAUCACGGAGACUCUCUUAGAAGCCUGGAGUCUCUGACUGUAGCCAUGAUCGGACAGAACAACGGUACCUCAACCUCUGCUGUUUCCUCUCACCAACACCUCUGCCUCGACACAAACACACCCUGCUGAGCGCUCGUGCUCGCUCUCUACCCGCUGCGCUUGAGCUGACCGUGCGUGAGAGCUCCCCCUAGUGGACAGGAGAUAAAAGGGUGGGACUUGCUCAAAGCCAUAGCGUAGGGGCUCGAUCCGGGGGCUUCAGAGCACGGCGGCAGCAGGAUCAGUUGUUCUGGUUGCUGAAGACCUGGAAGAGGACAAUUAUGUUUACGGCCCUUCUGAGCUGAGCCUAACAGGUCACAGUGAGACACUGACAUCCACGGAACAGACAAAUCAGUAUAUGAAGGACACACAUAUCUGAGUUAGAGCGAUGGAGAGAGUACAGCAAGGAAUAUUUAUAUCUAAUGGAUGUGUUGCGGGUGCCAUGGAGACGAGGCGUCCCGGUGUGGUAGUUGGACUCAGUUUGGUUGGUUGAUCAUAUUGCCAUGGUGUACAUUCAUUGUGUGUGUGUUUGUGGCCUUGUACAGGUUAUUUAUGUGGUGAGCUUUAAUUGUAAAUCCAGUUCCUCCAUUUUCACUGGAGAAUUGACAGAUCCGGGCCAUAAAUAGAAUCUGUGUGUGUGUGUGUGAGGGCGAGAGUGAUAAAACCUCAGGAAAGUGUCUGAUAGAAAUGGCUUGUCUGUGUGUGUGAGAGAGAAGCACAGAGCGACUCCACACACCACAAAACCCAGUCGAUUCCAAUUCAUUGAACUUUGUUUGUAUGCACUUUCAUAGGUUCAUUUACAGUCAUGUGUAAAGUCUGUGGUACUUUCAGCAUCUCUCAUUGCUCUGUAAGUGUGAACAGCCCAACAUGAGCCGGUAGAUGCUGUAUUUCAAGAAUUCUUUGUUCUUAUUUGCAUUGCAUCAAUUAAGGCAUCUAACCAGACAAUGGUGGAUUGGUCAACCCGUAGUGUUGAGUAUUUGAAUCCUGUUUGGAAACACUCAUUAUUUCCACUUUCAAUUAUUGAUUUCUACACUGUAGGUCUUAUUUAAUCCAUAUUGCAACCAGUUGUGGCACUCUCUCACAUCAUACAGACUGUCUUUUAGAAAGAAGCAAGCUGAGACAAUAUCGCAGACAUAAAAAAUGGAAUUUAGAUGUAUUCGAUAUUUAUACCAAAAAUAAAACAUUGCUAAACGGCCAAGUGUGAAACUGCUCAGUGAGAAUGAAAGAGCGCAUGCCUUUUGGGUGGAUGUUCAUCUUCGCUUAAGGCUUUGGGCGCUUUUAAAAAUAGCGUUGAGUUUACUUCAUCACAAACACUGGAAGUAUACUUGGCUGACCUCGCUACCGAUGUGUCUGUUUACUUCCUUCGAGUUUUUACGAAUCCCACCAAAGGGAAUUAAGAUAUCGUGCUUGUUUCUGAAAGUAAAUCACCAAAGCAGCAGUGUGGGAGCCGACUCGCACGGAGACGUUCAGCCAAAAAAUGCUCUCUCUGUGUGAAUGCAUGCGGGUGGAUUUCAUUUCCAUGCUGUUUCAGUUCAGGAGGGUGAAUUGAAUUCAUUCCAGGAGACGAAUGGAAGGAAUUCCUUGAAAAGACUGCGCAAAGAUCCACGGGGUUGAAAUUGAAUUGUGAUUUGAACCAAAUUGAAUUUCCUCUGCUGAACUGGACACAACACACCUCCAUCCCGAUGAUGAUGAUGAUGAUGAUUCUCAAUGAGAUACGUCACUGUAUUGUUUCUGUGUGUUAUCAUGUGCUCGCUACGCAUUUAACUUACAGUUAUUGUACAUUUUCCACUGAUUUGGACAGAUACAUCUACAUGCAUUUUCUAGAUGAAAGCACAGGCGCUCCUUAAGUGUGUUUAAACUGGUUUCCAAAAGUGCAUUUCUUUCUUUUAAAAGGAAAUAUUUUCUUCCAUCAUGUUUUUUGUAUUGCUGAUGUCUGAAAGGAUUUUCUUUUUUGUCCUGACUGCAGCUUUUCUGAUUUUGAGCAACUUAAAGGGGACUUUAAUUUUUCAAACCAUCUGUGAUGUUAAAAAGGUUGUUAGGGAUUAAAACUUUAAAGGAGACUUAUUUCCACCCACAAGACACAAUAGACUGUAGCAUUCUAUGUAAAACACGGUCAUCCACAGCAGCUCUGUUCCAAACCACAGAUCAUGUUUGAGAGCAUCAUUCACAACAUAAAAGCUGUUCCAAGAAAUAGACAGAAAUAUUACGCUGGUUUAUUAAAAAACAAUUCGAAUUAAUAAAUAAACACAUUAAUAAAAGGUCUCAGACUGCAUUGCAUGUAUGCCUUUCGGAUUAGGCAAUCCCAGAAUGCAUAGCAGUGAGCUCAGUGGAAAAUGUCCAAAUAUGGCCAAUGAAAUGUUGAGAAAUGAUACUGCAAAAUAUCGUCAUGUAUGAUUUUUGGUCUAAAAUAUUCAUCUUUGAAAAUAAAUAUUUUCCUGUUUCA